AUGCUUCGCUAUCUUCAACUUCUGACACAGGGCACCGAUGCCACCAACUCGGGAACGGUGCGCCAUCACAGGAACAGAGAAGAAAGUGAUACGACAACGGAGCAAGCAUCUUCACACGCAAACGGGCUUGAAGACAAGUUAACUAGCGAGACCCAUUUACGUCGCUUCACCGAGACCGUACUGGACUCACGGCAACAGGAAAUUGAGGACCGUGAAAUGGAGAAAGACGAACUGGUACUUCGUGUGGAAGCACUUGAAAACGAGCUUGCUAGCACCCAACGUCAGCUCGAAGAGGCUCAGGACCAGGUUUUUCGUCUGCAACCUUGCAGAAAGGACAUUACGGAAUCAGAAGCAAAGGAUGCCUACAAGACUCUUGUUGGAAACGUUCAACGAUGGGUUGAGAAUCGUGCCGGGCAUGUCAUUGAUGAAUUGGAAACCGGCCGUCUCAUGAGCAGAGCAGCUCCUCCAGAAGGUUCACGACUUGUCACACUUCUCAGAGAACAAUCCAGGCGGUGUAUAAAUGUGAGUCAAUCUGAUGAGUUUCAAAUCAUGGGAGCCAUCAUGAACUAUCUCCACAUCACCAUGUUUUCCAAGUCGUUCUAUUGUCCUUUGGAUGAUGGCGACGACGGCGGAACCGCUGUCUGGAUUGAUGAGCUUGAAGAAACUAUGUCUCAGUUGCAAAGAGCUCCCGGACUGUUUGUCGAGAGGAUCGAGGAUGGGAGAAAGCUCGGGCUGAAAGCAAUCGUCAAGCCUACCGUGCUCGUUACCAACGCAGGGGGGGAUAUAUCUCAAGGUCCAACGGUAAUGAGAUGGCUAUGGGAUGGCAUACCAUCUUCCCAAGGUUCCAGUCGAAGCGCAUCGAGGGCAUCUAGUGCAAGAACUCUGACGUGUCUCAAGGGCCAGCUGGAUCCUCCGUAUCAUCAUCAGGCAGGUCAAGGUAUUAGCAUGCAUGCAAGGCACGCGUUUUGUUAUGAGAUAUACAAGUCAGCCAAGUCCGGUGCACAGUGCUAA